UUCAAAUCAGUUGAAACUAAAGAAAUCGGGAAAAAAAUUAUUUUAUUUCAUUGAGACUUGGAAAAAAAAUGUGGAAUAUUUUUUUCAUAUAAAUAAAAUAAAUCGGGGCAAAGUCUUCGUGAUCCAUUUAAGAAAGAAAAAAAUUAAAGAAAAAUAAUAAUUCAAAAAAUAAGUGCCUUGAAAAGACAUUAUGAGCCGUACAUUGAUGAAGACAAGAGGACUAAUACUUAAAAUAAAUAAAAAUAAGAGUGAAAGAAAUACUUUGCUAUUCAUAAAGACUUUCAAUUUUGAUCAUUACUACACGAACCUUUGAUUUUAUUGUGAAAAAAAAAUCUAAAAAAAAUAUUUUAUAUUUAAAAAAAUAUUUUUGGUAUAAAAAUCAUAGAAUAAAAAAAAUGAAAAUCUUACUUGUGAUACUGCUCGCGACUUCCAUGUCCUGCUCCAAGCUGCGACACAACAACCAUCAUCACUCAAGUCCGCUAGCAUCUCUCUGGGACACCAUCACCUCAAACGAUCAGUCUUCCGCUAGCGCUACAAAAAACUCACUUCACGAGUCUUCGCAAGAAAUCGAAGAGAAUUUCGAAUCCACCAGCACCAGCAACGAAUUUGAAGACGAUUUUGUCAAAUUUCACAAACAUUCUGCUGCGAAAAAUUGCAAAACUUGCCAAAAUGGCGUGAAAAUGACGGAGGAAGAACUCACAGCACUCCGCAUUGAAUUUGUAAAAAAUCAAAUAUUGAAGAAAUUAAGACUUACGGAACGUCCAAAUGUGUCGAUAAAGGAUUUACCGAAACCCAUUACGGAAAAAUUAGUGCCAGAACCUGAGCCGGAAAACGUCAAUAGACAACUUGAGGAUUAUUACGGAAAAACGACGAAAAAAUUCAUUUUUCUGCAAGAAGCUAAUAACGAGUGUGCGGGUCUCGAAGUGGACUCACCUCACAUAUGCCUGAAAUUCCAAAUCCCACCCGAUGUGGAACGCGACGAUGUCCUUUCCGCCUCUCUGUGGAUCUACAAGAAACACGACAAAUUCGAUGCGAUUCAGGCGAUGCAAACAAUCGAAGUGGACGACGUUUCGCAUUGGGAUCACCAAGGAUUGUUCUUCAAGACGAAACCAAUCGCACUCACAAACACAAAUGUCACGGAAGGCUGGAUAAAAGUCGACAUUCAGUAUCCCGUCGAAAACUGGAAGAAAUAUCAUGAAUUAACGCACAUCCUGCGUGUUUCGUGCAAAACAUGCGGCAAUAGUUUAAAACACAGUCCCGUUUCGUUGAAACACAAGCGAAAGCCGUUCAUCGUCAUAGACACGCAAGCACAACGGAAAUCGAGUCGCCAGAAGCGAAAUAUCAAUUGUUCGUCGGGCACCACGGAAUGCUGCAGGGAAAAGUUGUACAUUAGUUUCGAGGAAAUUGGCUGGGAUGACUGGAUCGUAUUCCCCAAGGGAUAUGACGCGUACUUUUGUCGCGGUUCAUGCAACUCAGCUGCCUCGGUGACGCUCAGUUCGUCUCAUCAUACGUCGAUAGUGAGUAAACUCAUGUUACAACGGCAGCGCAAUUCAGGUGGAAAACAAUUAGAACUGAUUCCGUGUUGUACGGCGACACAAUUCUCAUCCUUACAAUUAUUUUAUAUGGAUAGCAAUAACACAGCAACGCAAAAAACAUUGCCGAACAUGAUCGUUAGCAGUUGUGGCUGUAUGUAAGCUAGAACGAAAAAAAAAGUACAAGAAAUCUCCUUUUUACGUUACUUUUAAUGUUUAUUAGUGUCGACUAUCAAUAUUUAUUAUUUAUUUGUACAUUUUACUUUCGGUCUAUUAACAACGUCGUCAUCGUUCGGUUUUUGGUUCCUCAGUAUUGAAUUUUAUAUAUUUUUACGUUAGAUGUUUAGUCAAGUGUUUGUUUUAAGAAACGAUAGAAAUUAAGUAGAAAUAAUUUUUUAGGGUAAGAA